UUACGAAAUUCUCUGAAGUCCGCUACUCUCCAUUAGAGGUGGGUAGUUCCGGGAACAUUCCGGAUUGAACCUGGAACAUUUCCGGAGCGAAAAGGAACUAGUUCCUGGAAUCAUAUCCGUGGAACUAUUUAAUGUUUUUAAUUCUCAUGAAGGUUAUUUGUGAAAAAGGAUCACUUGAAAUUGAGCUACCAAGAGAGUAAACUUUAUCGAAUUUUUGAGAUACAAAAAUCUGUACUUUGGGAAAAUAAAGAUAAAAAUUUACCCAACAAUAGUUUGACAGUGUGUCUAGACCUUACUGAGUAUGACGACCCCAUUACAUUUUACAGUGAACUUAAUUUAAAAAUUUCAAAAUGUCAACCAGCUGAUGAUUAUAAACAACUUUAUGAAACAAAAAUGGGUAGUGAUAUUCUGAUAAAUGUCGGUGGUAAAGAAUUCCAGGGUCACAAAUUCAUGUUAAUGGUACGGAGUCCUGUUCUGACUGCAAUGUUUUCUCAUGAUAUGAUUGAGAAAAAAACUAAUGAAAUAUCUAUACCAGACAUUACUCCAGAGAUAUUCGAAAAGAUCUUAGAGUAUUUCUACACUGAUGAAAUCACUGAUCUGGAUGCAUAUGCUGAGUGUUUAUUAAAAGCCGCAGACAAAUACCAGAUACAAUCACUUAAAGACAUUUGCCAAGAAUCACUCAGUAAAACUUUAACUGUUGAAAAUUCAUUGAAAAUGAUAGAUACAGCUAAUCUUUACAACGCCAACGAGUUAUUGGCAUUCACAAAUGAUUUCAUUGCAUCGAACAUCAAAAAUUUUACUAAUACAUCUACAAUAAUAAACUAACAACAAACACUGAAAUUAAACGCAACAACUUGGUGCUCAACAGUAUAUCAUAAUAC